ACUGCAGACACAUUGCACAGAACAGACUGAGUGCCACCCACAGUCUAAGGAUCCUACAAUGUGUGUCUGGGGGCUCUCAUGAGUUAUAAGUCUUGAUUCGCUUCAACUUUCAUACAUUCUGACUUCUCUGGAGCACAACUAAGCAGAUUGUUAUAUCUACUUCAAAAGCCAUUAUGCCUAUUCUUGUGAGUCCAACACCGGAAGAUAUCCCCAAACAUAUACUGGAUAUUUGGGUCAUCGUUCUAAUCAUCCUGGCUACAAUCUUGGUGAUGACAUCACUUCUUCUCUUUCCAGCUGCAGCCGUCGUUAUCUACAGAGUACGGACACAUCCAAUCAGAAGUAGCCAAUAGCACUAAAAUCUGUAAAAUGAUAUUCCGGAUAUUGGUAUCAUUUGGUGGACAGAGAGGACCCGUUGACAGGAGAGCUAUGGAUGGAAGGGCCCAUAUUAAAAUAAAGACGUCAUGGCGCUCUCCCCCUAGAAAUUUGGAUUUCAGCUAAAGUGGCACUGAGAGAGUUCAAGAGCCUAAAUGGUUCAAGCACCUACUUUACACAGACAUUUAGCAUUCUAUACUUGCUGUUAUGCCUACCAACCUUUGAA